AUGAGUAUCCCUUCAGUUCUGAGCCUUGCGUUCUCUGCCAUCAAAAGGCCUGCCACUGAAGACCCGAUUUUGGAGUGCCCCGACGACGUACGGCACUCCCUGUUUCGAAAUAACGAGGAAGUGUUGAAGGUUGCGAAUAGAGAGCUUCAUGUUUUCCCAUUCAAAGAUGUGCACGACAGCUGGCGUCGUCUCUACACAGAUGCAUCGAUUGUGAAAGCAUGUUUGAUUAUAGCACGUGAAUGUGGGCUGCUGGGGUCUCAAUCCAAUUCCAAAGAGACAGAUCCAGUUGAUGUACCGAGACUCAUUCAAGACCUCCAGAGUGAAGUCAAGGAGGUGAAGAUUCCUCACGACGCUCCAUGGCUUCGAGACGUCACACACGUACUGGAUCACGCUUUGCUCAUGACUGGGGCGCCAUUGCGUGAAGAGCUAGUCGAGGACUUGUUCUCAACCCUACAAGCGGCUGUGCACGAUGACAGCUCUCCACCUGAUGAUGGCGAAGAACGACCGCCGCCUCCAACGAAGCGCCGUAAGACUUCUUUAAAAAACUUCCCAACCGAGUCUGCUCCGUUCUCACGCUUGAAAUUCCCAAUCCGACGCGUGUCCGCACCGGAUUUUGAUGACAUGAUUGAACACAUCCAUGAAGUCCGCACCCCACUGGUCAUCACAGAGUCCAUAGGCCAUUGGCCUGCUCUGUCCUCGCGGCCAUGGAGCUCCUUGCAGUACUGGAUGGACCGUACUUUCAACGGUCGUAGACUUGUCCCUGUUGAAGUGGGCAGGUCUUAUACCGAUGAGGGCUGGGGCCAGAAAAUCAUGGAAUUUGGAAACUUCCUCGACAAAUUUGUCUUUCGAGGAGAAAUGGGCUACGGUCCAAGUCAGGGACGGAAGUGUCCCCAACUGGACACUGAAGACGAGGAAGGCCACACUGAAGAUGAAAUCGGCUACUUAGCCCAGCAUGAUCUUCUGUCUCAGAUUCCUGCACUACGUAAAGACAUUGGCAUUCCGGAUUGGUGCUACAUUGAUCCACCAGGUCCGGAGCCUGGCACACCUCUGUACCUGGCGAAGCAAAGACAGCGUGAACCGGGCGUGCUCUCCUCCGCGGGGGAUCUGGGAGAGGCAAUCCGGAAAGGCGAGCAAUCUCAGGCAUCUAACAGAACCGAUACAGAGGAUGAUGCUUCUGAUGUUGGCUCCGCCCCGAGAUUUCCGAAGGAUCCCAUCAUUAACACCUGGAUGGGGCCUUCAUGGACCAUAUCGCCCCUUCACCAUGACCCAUACCAUAACAUUCUUGCCCAAGUGGUGGGUGCCAAGUACAUCCGUCUUUAUUCACCACACACUCCAGCAUCCCAAAUUCACCCUCGGGGUCAAGAGUGGGUUGUUUCAAAGGAUGAAAAGGGGAAUCAAAUUCAUCCUGACGGGGAGCCAACGAAGAGACUCAUCGACAUGUCCAAUACUUCUAAGGUUGAUCUGGCUGCCAUUGAGCUUUCCCCUGCUGAAGAAGACCAAUGGGAAGAAAUGUGGCCCGGAUUCAUGAGCGCAGAGUACGUUGAAACCGUGCUCAAAGAGGGCGAAUGCUUGUACAUUCCCGCUGGAUGGUGGCACUAUGUUCGAGGCCUGAAGGCUGGUGUUAGUGUCAGCUUUUGGUGGGACUAA